CCUGCCUUGCCCUCCUCCGGGUGAGAGAGUCCGUUUCCUCUCGUGGUAGGUAGCCCCGUCCGGCGGCGCCGAUGCUAAUACCUUCAAUAGCCCCUUGUUGGCUUCACAUCCAAUUCGAGAUAGAAGCGCGGGAUCCCCUCCCCGCGCGCCCUAUUCUGUGUGGACAGAUCCAUUGAGAGGCGCCCUUGAUUCCUGGCUGUUGUAUCAUGGGGUUGCUAGCUCUGAAGAUGCUCAUGUCUAGGCGGCGGGAUAGCAAGCAUCUUUGCGGCCAGAUUCAAGCCCGUAAUAGAUUGGUUACUUCAGUGGUUAAAAGAAAGAUCUCUUCAUGCCAACACAAUAACAAUCAAGGUUGCAAGAGAGUGGCAUUUUCAGGGGCAGACCUUCCAGAGGACAUCUGGCGCCAUAUACAUUCCCUACUGCCGCUGCGAGAUGCUGCCCGUGUUGCCUGCGUAUCUCAUGCAUUUUUACGUUCCUGGAAAUGCCAUCCCAACCUCUCCUUCACUAGGAAAGCACUGGGCCUGAAUAGAAUUCCACGUCAAAGUGAUGUAAUUGCAAGGGAUCUCACUAUGAAAGUCGACCACAUUCUCAAAAAACACUCAGGCAAAGGAGUUAAGAAAUUCAGGAUCGAAUUACACAUGCCAGUUGAUCCCUGCUAUCUUAAUAGCUGGCUUCAGAUUGCUGCUGAACUACGGGUUGAGGAACUCGCCGUUGUUCUACCUUCAACCUGCAAUGCAAAUGACUACGAUUUCCCUUGUGCACUUUUUGUUGAUGAUGGGUGUAGAAACGCAAUAGAGCAUCUCUGCCUUGGCGGUUGUGCCUUCCAUCCCACAGCUGGAUUUGGUUACUUGAGAAAGCUGCGGCUGUUUUGGGUGCAUAUUACGGUGGAUGAAUUAGAAUGCCUUAUUUCCAAAUCUCCAGCUUUGGAGCACUUGGCACUCAAGUAUUGCUAUACGAUCACUUACCUGAAGAUACCUAGCCUGCUACAGCAUCUCAGCUACCUGAUGGUAGCUGCAUGCGCUAAUCUGCAGACAAUAGAGUGUAAAGCUCCAAAUCUCUCCACUUUUUACUUCAGUGGUCGACAAGUUGAACUUCUGUUUGGAUGUUCAGUUCAAGUGAAGACCAUGGAAAUGCGUUGUUCUACUCAGUGUAACACCAUUUAUAAUGCUUGUGCCAACCUGCCAUCCAUUGUGCCAAAUAUUGAAACUCUCAGCAUAUCUUCUGUUAGUGAGGUGGUCAAUAUACCAAUCGUGCCUGUAAAAUUCCUCCACCUCAAGUAUCUGUCUAUUUCUCUUGAAGGAAAUGGGGCUUUUUCCCCAGACUAUGAUUACUUUUCUCUGGUUUCUUUGCUGGAUGCUUGUCCUGUCUUGGAAACUUUCAACUUGUUUGUGUCACAGGAUCGCAUGAAACACGAUUCGGUUCUUGGAGACCCGUCGUCACGUCUUAGGCAGAUGCCUGAAUACCGCCACGACAACAUUAAGAAUGUGAGGAUUAUUGGGUUUUGCUCUGCGAAGAGCAUGGUCGAGCUGGCAUGCCAUAUUCUCGAGAAUGCAACAUCACUCGAGUGCCUUACUUUGGACACGAUACGUGCUUUCAGUAUUGACAGACACAUUCACAAAACUGGUGAAUGUGGCCACAUAGGCAGGCAUAUGAUCAGAGAAGCACGUAAGGCGCUCUUGGCUGUCAAAAGAUAUAUCGUGGGAAUAGUUCCCUCCACGGUCAAGUUAAAUGUCUUGCAGCCUUGCAAGCUAUGCCAUGCUUUGGCUGCUUAGAUGUGGCAAUAUCAUAAAUUUGUAAAUUACAUUGUUGACUGAACACUGUUGCAUGAGUUGCCACUUGCAGCAGGAAUGUCCAAACGGGUCACUUAAACACCAGCGUAGAAGUAUAGGGACAAGCAAUUAUGGUAUUUGAUAUAUAAAAGAAGAUAUCAGGAACUAUUUAGUAUUGUAGCUGUUGAUAUAUUUUCUUAUAAAAUUCGGUCAGGAUUUACAGCAUUUGACCCAAGACAAAAGUUAUAGGCCUCCUUUCGGGAGACAAGGGAGUAUCAUGUAACUGAGAUGUGCUAUGCAGUUAUCCCAGCAAUCUUGUUUAUCUUUCUCCCUGAAA